AUGUACUGCACAGCGAAACAAGACUUUGCGACCCGUUCGAACACCAACAUUAGUCCUGAGGCAUUGUUGCCAGCAGCCAAAUUCCUUCGUGACACAGCUGAGAAUACCAUCCAGUAUCUCAAAGACAAACGCAUCGAUCCGACCAUGGAAACCGACCUGCAUGCGACGUACAAUAUGGCCAAGGCGACCGUGGUUUCGCUCACCGGCGGAAAGAAACGCAAGUUCGACAGCAUCAAUCCAGAAGACACCAAGGACGCGCCACGUGGACCGAGCACGGGUGUAGACAACAGCAUUGUUGCUGAGAGGAACCCCACAACACGACGACUGCCAGGAUCGAGUUCCGGAUCUGGUGGACCGGUCAACACAUCAAGUGCGGCGGCGUACUCUGCUCGUGGCUCCGAUCCGGCAAGUGACAACCGCAUGGGACUGAUACGUGGUGGUUACGCCCGUAGCAGCUCCGACUAUGACAGACACUCUCACAACGAAGCCGCUGAGAGAUCUUACGACCAGGCCGUGUAUGCUAGACCACGAGAGGUGGACAGCUACCGCCCUAGUCGUCAGCGAUCAGUCAGUCCACGUCAACGUCGCCGAGGAGCAGCGGGUGGUUCGCCAUCUGAAAGACAGGACAGACUCGAAGCUGCCAGGAUGAAGUCCAUUGCAGACCGGGCUCGACCUGCUCAUCUUCCGCCCAUCCCGCUGCCACCUGCUUCUCCCCGUGGUCGUGGCCAUAGUGGUAUCCCUUUCGGCUAUUCCCGUGCAGUGGACUCCUACCAGCCAGACAAGGAAGACAACCACAAAGACCACCCAUACCGGGACAGACACCUCUAG